AUGCGGAAAUCAGGACAUCCCAUGCAGAAACUGGGAGUCAGGUGCAAAAUCCCACGCAGAAGUGACACAGCAGCUACAAAAAUCCCAUGUAGGAACAGGGAAAUCCCUCGGUGGAUUCAAUAUCAGAUGCAGAAAUCGGGACCCAGCUGCAGAAUCCCACGCAGCAAUCAGGACCUGGGAACAGAACCCCACACAGCAAAUAGGACACGGGUCCAACUCCCCACACCUCAACCGGGACCCAGGUACAGAACCCCAUUCAGCAGUCAGGACCCAGGUACAGGAUCUCAUAUAGCAGCCAGGACCCGGGUCCAGAAUCCCACACCCCAACUGGGACCCAGGUCCAACACACCACAGCCCAACCAGGACCUGGGUCCAGAACCCCAUACAAGUCAGAACCGAGGAGCAGGACCUAAUAUAGCAGUCAGGACCUGGGUACAGAACCCCACACCUCACCCAGGACCCGGGUUCAGGACCACAUAUAGCAGCCAGGACCUGGCUGUGGAACCCCAUACAGCAGUCAGGACCUGGGUACAGAACCCCACACCCCAACCAGGACCCAGAUCCAGAACCCCAUACAGCAGUCAGGACCCAGGUCCAAGACCACAUAUAACAGUCAGGACCUGGGUACAGGACCCCAUAACCCAACCAGGCCCCAGGUCCAACAUUCCACACAGCAACCAGGAUCCAAAUACAGCAGUCAGGAUCCAGAUCCAGCACCACAUACAGCAGUCAGGACCCGGAUCCAGAACCCCACACCCCAACCAGGACCCAGGUACAGAACUCUAUUCAGCAGUCAGGACCCAGGUACAGGAUCUCAUACAGCAGCCAGGACCUGGAUCCAGAACCCCACAUCCCCACCAGGACCCAGGUCCAGAACCACAGAUAGCAGCCAGGACCUGGGUGCGGAACCCCAUACAGCAACCAGGACCCAGAUCCAGAACCUCAUACAGCAGUUCGGACGCCAUCAUCCGACAGCACAAAGCUGCGUGUCUGCGGAUCACGUCUCUUUUGGCCUGCCAGGACCUGCUGUGGGUCGGAACCAGCGCCGGCGUCGUGCUGAGCCUGGCCAUGCCUGGGAAACGAGGGGCGGAAGCGGCGCCUCCUCCGCUGGGUUUACCGCAGGGUCACACCGGGCACGUCCGCUUCCUCACCGCUAUGGAAGUGCCCGAAGGAUGCGAGCUGCGGGCGGGGGGCCCCGAGCAGCCGAACGAUGCGGAGCAGCGCGACCCGACUCAGCCCCGCCUGGCAAUGUCCAAAGCCAAAAUGUUGGUCAUCAGCGGCGGCGAUGGCUACGAGGAUUUCCGCCUGACCAACAGCAGCGAGAGCGUGGGGCGCGACGACAGCACCAACCACCUCCUGCUGUGGCGGGUCUGACCCCCCUUCCUUCCACCCACACUCACCAUGCAGACCCCAGCCCCAACCCACGGACUCCCCCUCCUCCUCCCCCUCCCCCCAAACCCAGCCCAGCACGUCUCAUCUCCAGCCCGGCUGCUCUCUGUGUGCUCUGGGGAAGGGUUGGGGGGGGACGCAUCCACCCCGACCGCCGCUUUCGGGGGCGAGGAGAUAUGGG